AAUUUUGAGAACCCGUAUUCAAUGUGCAAUGUUUGAUGUUUGCCUAAAUUCUUAUGUUAAUGACCCCAUCUCCGUUGUUAAUGUCAAAGUUUUGUAAAAAUUUCUCAUAAUUUGUAGUUUUCAAAUAAAUCGAGAAAAAUGUUGAAGCCGAAAGCUCUCACACAAGUCUUAAGCCAAGCCAAUACUGGCGGAGUAGAAAAUACAUUAUUAUUGAGCAGAGAUGGUGGCCUUUUAGCAUACAGUGGUUAUGGAGAUAAGGAUGCAAGAGUAACAGCAGCAAUUACAAGUAAUAUUUGGUCGGCCUAUGAAAAAAACGGUGGAAACGCCUUCAAAGAAGAUGAGCUACAAUUUGUCCUCAUGGAUUGCUUGGAAGGCAAAGUUGUAAUCACAGAAGUUGCUAAUCUGCUUCUGUGUCUAUACGCGAGAGAAAACGUUGGUUUUGGUUUGCUAAAAGAGAAGGCUCAAGCAUUGGCAAAAUAUUUGGAUCAGCCGUUGAAAACAAUAGCGAGCAUGCCCUGAAAUAGCAAUACUUUUGACAUCUUUUCACGUUGUUGUAAUAAAUCAUUUUUACAAAGAUUGUAAAUAAAAUAUACUUAUCGAUUAAGCUAAUGAAAAUGAUUAUCAGUUGGUGAAACACCAAGGCUAUCAAAGUUGUACAAUAAAGUCUUUAUUUACUUUAAGUUA